UGUUCGUUUCGCAGACGCUGCCGCUGCCGCUGACGCUGCCGCAUACGGCGUCAGCCGCAGGACGCGGUGUUCGGACGCGGCGUCAGACGCGGCGUCAGACGCAGCUUCCUGCGUCAACGAAACGAACAAGAGUUGACGCAGAAUGUUGACGCUGCCGCUGCUGCCGGUACCAGCGGCAACCAAACGAAAAGCCCUAUUACUUAUUUCAUAUCCACUUUUACUCUAUUUUAAAUGAAAAAAUGGAGUUGGGAUGGAGAUGCCCUAAAUUAGUGGUUUGUGAACCUUUCUUAAAAAAAAAAAAAGAAAUCUUACUUUUCCCCCUAAUAUAGCAAAAAUAGAAAACCAAAAAUGUCAAGGUAACUACUGAUUCCAUUUGUCUGAAUGCCAAACUUGUACGCACAUAAAAAAUCUCAUUUUAAUAUGUGAAACAGUUUAUUUUUCAUUAUUAUAUGUAAUAAGAUCUAGGGAGAAUUCUACAUUUACCACAAAUACAAAUAUGGUAUGUCAAACAAUUUCUCUAAGAUCUAGGAACAUGAUCCAGUUAAUAAAGUUUGUCAAAAAUUACAUUCCAUCAUAUACUAUUAAUGACCCACGUGUAAGUUCGUGGUUUGUGGAAGUUUUUUUAUUUUAAAAAAAUUAUCUUACUUUUUUCCUCCAUAUGUAGCUAAAAUAGAAAACCAAAAAAUCUCAAGGUAAUUACUGAUUUCAUUGUCUGAAUGCCAAACUUGUACAUUUGUAUGGAUGUGAAAGAGACUUUGCUUUGCUUUCCUUCUCCCACUCAAAAUGUUGCGAAAGUUUCUCUGCAUUUAGAGAAAGAGAAAGGAAUAGUUUUUAUUUUCGUUUGUUCUUUGGAGAGAAAAAAAAGAUGGAGAAUUGUGAAACGGAUCACGAGGAGGAGGUGGUGGAGAAGAUGACGUCAUCUCCGACGUCGGAGGUCGUGGAGGAUGAAGGGUUGGUUUCAAAUUCGACAUUGGAGAAAGUUGCUGCGGCGAAGAAGUAUAUAGAGGAUCAUUACAGCAAACGCAUGAGACACAUCCAACAACGUAAAGAAAGGCGUUUGGUGCUAGAGCAAAAGAUAGCAUCUUUAGAUGUAUCGGAGAAAGAACAACACGAGUUGCUUGAGGAUUUGCAGAGGAAAGAGACAGAGUAUACUAGGUUAAUGAGGAACAGGCUUUGCGUUGAUGAUUUUGAUCUUCUCAGUAUUAUUGGUAGAGGAGCUUUCGGUGAGGUAAGGCUAUGCCGUGAGAAAAAGACUGGCAACAUUUACGCCAUGAAGAAGCUGAGGAAGUCUGAGAUGCUUAGUAGGGGGCAAGUUGAACAUGUUAGAUCCGAGAGGAACUUGCUAGCAGAAGUUGCUAGUGACUGUAUUGUGAAGCUUUAUUACUCGUUCCAAGAUCCAGAAUACUUGUACCUUAUUAUGGAGUAUCUGUCCGGUGGUGAUGUGAUGACUUUGCUUAUGAGGGAAGAGACCUUGACUGAGACGGUGGCUCGGUUUUACAUUGCACAAAGUGUUUUGGCGAUUGAGUCGAUACAUGAACAUAACUAUGUUCACAGGGAUAUAAAACCAGACAACCUUCUGUUGGACAAGAAUGGUCAUAUGAAGCUGUCAGAUUUUGGUCUUUGUAAGCCUCUCGACUGUAGACAUAUAUCGGCUAUGAAAGUAAAUGAACCUUUGAAUGAUGAGAAUACGAAUGAAUCAAUCGAAUGUGAUGAGCACUGCGCGAUAGGACGCCGUGGAAGGCGCUGGAGAAGUCCGUUGGAACAGCUGCAACAUUGGCAGAUACACAGAAGAAAACUGGCAUAUUCAACUGUUGGUACCCCUGAUUAUAUUGCCCCUGAAGUGUUGCUGAAGAAGGGAUAUGGUGUAGAAUGUGACUGGUGGUCUUUGGGAGCCAUUAUGUAUGAGAUGCUCGUUGGUUAUCCCCCAUUUUACUCUGAUGACCCUGUAACAACAUGUAGAAAGAUUGUGGGAUGGAGAACUCAUUUGGUAUUCCCCGAGGAUGCAAGGUUGACACCUGAGGCACGAGAUCUCAUUUGUAGCUUGCUCUGUGAUUCUGAGCAUAGGCUUGGUUCUCAUGGAGCUGGAGCCGAGCAAAUCAAAGCUCAUCCUUGGUUCAAAGAUGUGGAAUGGGAAAAUCUAUACGAGAUGGAUGCAGCGUUCAAGCCAGUUGUUAAUGGAGAACUUGAUACCCAGAAUUUUAUGAAGUUUGAUGAGGUGGACUGUCCAAAACCAACAAGAACUGGAUCGGGACCGUCAUGGAAGGUGAGCAUAACCCCUCAAAACAUAAACUUUGUGGGAUAUACAUACAGAAACUUUGACGCUGUCCGUUCUCGCCGGUCUUUAGACAUCAAAGGAAACCUUUCGCCACCACGUUCAUCAACUGACUCCACCCUAAGUGACUCUGCAAUCGAUUACGCCAAGCUUUCUACAGUUGAUGAUUCACAACAGUGACUCUAUGCAAGUCAUCUUCUUCUUCUUCUACAAAACAUUCCUCUGCAACUUUUUAUAUGUUUCUUGCUCCAUUGAAUUUUUUUUAUUCUUUUAAAUGUACAGACAUAACUGCGUGCAGCUGAAUAGAGAAGAGAAGAUAUUGAGGAAAUUCUCUUUUUUCCGCAGCUGCUUUUUUAUCUGCCCAGAACUGGCCGUUCAUUUAUUAUUUCUUGCACGGCCAGUUUAACUUGUGGCAGUUCCAGCCGUUUAUUUCCCGCCAUUCUUUACUUAAUUUUUGUUAGCAACAUCCAAAACCUGUUUUUUAAAACAUUUUUCUUUUUAAUUUGACUUUGCGGCUAUUUGAUCAUCUUCCUUUCCGCUUUUUUUGUUUGUUUGUAAAUAUUGUUAUGCUCUUGUUAAUAAAUUUAUGGCUUCAUUUCAAA